CUCAACUAAAAGUCUAAGCUGAUAGUUGGAUUGCAUAUUUAUGUUUAUAUAUAUUAUAUGCUCAACACUCAGCUCCCAUUGAGAUCCAUCAAGAUGGCAAUGGAGUGCAGGAAUGAACUUUCGUUUGCCUUGCCUGUUGAGCCACCACGACGCUGCGCCAGUAAUGUCUUUAGCAGCCAUUUAUGGUGUAGAGAAAGGAAACUGGUGUGUGUUACCAGUGGGAACUCAUAUUUUGGUGCUCAUUUGAUCAGGAAGCUUCUGGUUCGCGGUUAUCUGGUUCGAGCCACCAUUCAGAACCAAGUGGACUUUGAGGAAAUGAAGGAGCUAUUGAGAGAAGAAGAGAUGAAGCAGCUGGAAAGUGUAGUGGUGGCAAGAAUGACAGAUUUGGAUUGUUUGUGUGAGGCAUUUAGAGGCUGCCAUGCUGUCUUCCACACCUCCUCUUUCAUUGAUCCUCAUGGAAUCUCUGGAUACACAGAACGGAUGGCGUUCCUGGAGACCGAAGCUGCGGGAAAUGUCAUUGAAGCUUGCAGCAAGACAGCCUAUGCAAGAAGAUGCAUCUUCACCUCUUCUCUUCUUGCAUCCAUCUGGAAAGGCAAUAACCAUGAACAUGAUGAUCUAGAUGAGAGUUCUUGGACUGAUGAGGAUUUCUGCAGAGAAAACAAGCUAUGGUUUGCCUUGGCUAAGACGAGAGCAGAAAAGGUAGCUUGGAGGAAAGCAAUGGAGACAAAGGUGAAGCUCGUUACAGUCUGUCCUGCACUCGUGAUGGCUCCAUCCUUCCCACACGCCGACACUGAAUCAUCUCUUCCAUAUCUAAAAGGUGGGCAAGUCAUGCUGCGACAAGGAGUUUUAGCGACUGAAGACGUUGAUAAAGCGGCCGAAGCGCAUGUGUUUGUGUAUGAAGAAAUGGAUUAUGGAGCUUGCGGGAGAUAUCUGUGCUUUGGACGAACGAUUACAACGCCAGAAGACGCCGUUCUGCUCGAAAACAGAUUGAAAAUGCAGGGCCUGCUUUCUGCAUAUGAGAGUGGUGAAAUUCCGGCGAGACUUUGCAAAUCAAAGCUCACCAGAUUACUGUUUCACACCGCUCGCCGGCUAUCCUGCAAACACCGAUAAGCAUUGUGUGAUUACUAUUACUAUGAAGGCUUGGACCAGAAAACUCAUAAUAGACUUACCCGGCUGGAACAGGAUUAGUCCAUAUAGAGUUUUAGUGUAUCUGUCUGAUGAAAUAUGUGGUAUGACAAAAAAAAAAAAAAAAAAAAAAAAGUGAUACUUAUA